AUGUUGGACGGCCUCAAGGGGACGGAACUCGCAAUUGACCGUGCUGUUUGCAUCGAUGGCAUCAGCGUUUCUCCCUUCAGGCUUGCCCCAUACGACGUGCUUGCGAGUGUUACCCCAUCACCUCCCAUUGCGUUCCACAAGGCUCUCGCUGCCUUCAAAGACGUAUGGGAGCGGGAGGUUAUGAAGGGUGCGUUCACAGAGAGCGUGGGAGUGUUUCACCUCCCACCUGUCAGCAUCAACGUCUUGGACCGUUCCGUCAAUGGGGCAUUCGAGCUGCAGGGCGAGUUUGAAAAAGAGGUGAAGGCGCUCGAGACGAAGGCAGUGAUGAGCAAGCGCCAGAGCACAGCGCUCCAGGUGCUCACAGAACAGGGGGUCUAUUCGGGAAGCACCUCCGGUCAAUCGGCCCAACUCAAUCUCCCUGACGUUGGGAUGAGAAUGUUGUCGACCUUGACGUGA